AUCCUCGUGUAGCAACGUUUACCGCCAGAUCCGAAGAAAAUUCGAACUCCAACGUGGGAAAACUCAACCAAUGUCAACUCAAAGUUGCCGUCGAACAGAACUCACAAAUUUCUUGCGUCCUCUGUACAUUUUGAUGGCGCAAGUCCGCCGCGCCAGUGUGACGUCACGAUCAAUAUAAGCGACAACUUCAAUCACACAUAUACUUCGUUGAUUUUAGUGUUUGUUCAUUAAAAAAUAUUUAAAAAAAGUUUUAGUUUUUCAAAACAUGUCAGCAGGGGAUGCACUGGCUCCCGGAGCGGGGGCAGCCGGCAGUGGCGGCGAAGACGGUAUCGUGGGAGGGCCGCGAACGCCCCAACAGAUCGCGGCCCAACGAAGACUGCAGCAGACGCAGGCGCAGGUUGACGAGGUGGUCGACAUUAUGAAAACGAACGUAGAAAAAGUACUCGAAAGGGAUCAGAAAUUAUCUGAAUUAGACGAUAGAGCAGAUGCAUUACAACAAGGUGCUUCACAAUUUGAACAACAAGCGGGAAAACUAAAGAGAAAGUUUUGGUUACAGAAUUUAAAGAUGAUGAUAAUAAUGGGUGUUAUUGGUCUUGUAAUUUUAAUAAUCAUUGUCAUGAAAUUCAUGCCCGAUACACCACCACAAGCUCCACCACCAGUGAUGCAGUAUCCUCAACAGCUGCCCCCACCGUCAACAGGAGCAGAAGCCGCAGCAGCUGCACCAGCACCCGCUGCUCACACAGCUGGCUAGAUGAAGAAUUAAUACACCGGAUCUCACAUUAUUGUAAUAAUUCAUAAAACUGUUGGUUUUGAAUUUGUGUUAAACAUAGUCCAUUUUCUUCUUUGAAAUUCGUAAUUUAAGAAAACACUACAUGCUAACUAUUUUGAUCAAGAUUGAAUGGACUGUUCCGAUAUAAAAGAUUUUUAGUCGUGUAAAUAAACAAUAUCCAAUUUUGUGAUCUUUAAUAAUUGUAAAAAUAAUAUUCUAGGCAUUUACAAAAGUGUUGAACAAAUCAUAAGAUUAUUUUUGGGCAUUAGAGACAGCCUAAGAAUUAAAACUCAAACGUGGACUAAGAUCAAAACAAAGCUCAUGCAGUCUGUAUUGUUUCAUUGUUUGUAAAGUUUAUAAACUCUUUUGAUUAGAUCAGGCUUGCACAACACACGGCCUGCGGGCCGCAUAUGGCCCGCCAUUGUCGUUUUCUUGGCCCUUUGUCCGUUGACCAGUGUGGCCCGCCUACGUCAAACUAUACAUUUUUCAGUAACAAAAUUGAAUUUAGGUAUUAAUUCGACCUACCUCUUUUAGAAUCUGAAUCUGAACAGACCACCUCGACCUAUUUUAUAAAUUUAUAAGCUCAGGACUCUCUUGGCCCUCGUUCAUUAACGGUUUUUGAACUGGCCCUUUGAAAAUCUCAGUUAUGCAGGCCUGAAUUAGAUGAUGUAGUCCUCAAUAUACAUUUAUGACUUAUAUGUAAUUUUUCUAAGGAUAUAUGGCUACAGUCCAAUCAAUAGUAAUAUGAAUGACCUGUAAGUAACUUUUUAAUUUCAAAAAUAGCAAGUCUAGUUGUUUUAUAAAGAAGUGGUGCCUUUUAAAUAUUUUGCUAAAAAUUAUAGAUAAUUUACUGUUCUAUAAAGUUUGCAACAAUCUAUUAAGUAGUACUGCAAAAAAACCCUGACAAAAAUUAUUCGGAAUCUACACUGUCAUCUGACGUCAAUUAAAAAAUAAUUACGUUUGAAAGUUUCGGAAAUAUGGCGCUAAUGCCACGUUGAUAAAAUCAGUGGGCACCCUCUAACGCUUGAAAAAGUGAUUUUAGCUAUUUUUGAACUUAGUUUUUUAGCACUUGGGCCAUUAAUACACCGAGUAAAAUAUCCUGAAAAAAUAAUGGGUACCUAAAUUGUAUUACGAAAACCAUGUUCAAGUAGUUCUACUAAUUAUUUAAAUCAGCUGCAAUUUACUAAGAGGCAAAAGAUUUAAUUUUAGUCUAAUUUCUUAUUUUAAACAAUAAUUUUGUACAUUUUAAUCAUAGAAAACUAAUAGACCAAGCAGGUCACUACAUGGAUGAUUUCUUGCAAAAAAAGGAAAUUUUACUAAAAUACGUACCUAUUCAGUUUUCAGAGUUAGCCUCAUCACUAAAUAACAAUUAAUUUAGACAUAAUAGGGUAACAAAUAAAAUCAAACAACAAACAAGGAGGCUAAUAUUCAUAUAACAAAAAAAAAAGACUAAUCACUUUUAUUUUGACUAUAAUUGUGCCUUCUUUAUGAAACUAUUUUUAAUUAGUGUAUUUGUUCAAGAUAUAGGUAUUAUUUCUAUUAAUAUCAUAAAUAUGCUUAAUCGACGAAGAAACACUGUAAAUGAUAAAAAAAAGGCAAAGGAAUGUUACGAAAGAUACAAAUACGUUGAUGAUUUUAUUGGAUAUUUGAUUGGAUGAAAAAAAUUAGACUUGCAAGAAGAAGAAAAGAUAAAUAUGACUAUUGAGGAAUAGGACGCUGGUGUAUAAAAUUAUAUUGGUAACACAGGACAAGGUUCUUGUUCUAUGAAAAAAAGCAAUUGUAAACUUAUUACUUGAUGAGAAGUCUGGCAUUGUAAUGUGUUAUAGAUACUGUUCAAACAUUUUAGUGAUAAUUUAUAACGAACAAACCAAAAAAGUCAAUAAACAAUGUGUAUGUAUAUAAAUGUAUUUAUCGCUUGUAUUUAAAGAAGAAAAUGGACUAUAAACUUUAAAAUUGCAAUGAAUUUUAUCAAAAAAAAGUACUGUUAGUUAAAAGCUCCUCCCACCUUUUAAAAAACAGAUCUGAGCUAUAAUAAGUAAACAAUGAGUGAAUAUUUCGACGAUAUCCUUAGAUAAAUAUAAAUAAUAGUAUAUUGUGAAAAUAUGUAAUUAAUUAUAUAUGGAGGAAUUUGUUAUAUGGUAACCCAAACUUUGCCAAUUGGAUGAUAUAAUCUCACAUCACCUAAGUAUACAGUAUACAGUGCACCAAGAAAGCUCAUUUGUAGCUGGAAUAACUAAUAAUUGAAACAUCCAAUCUCUAUUUGGGGUUUUCUUGAAAAUUAUAAGGCAUUCUAGCUAAAAAUGAAUUCAUGGAAAAAUUUUACACCAUACUUACUGUAUUUUAUUUAAUAAACUGCAUUUCUAAAUAAUUUACUAUAAACGAAUGGAUGAAAUUUAUGAAAACGUUAGGCAAUAUAUUCCAACAGCACUGUUUAAGAUCACGUAAUAUAUGUAAAGAAAAUUAAGAUUAGCAUAUUACUCCCACUUAUUGCGUGAAUGAUACCUAAUACCAUAGGAAAACCAAGAUUAUCAUUAAAAAAACACUAUCGUUAUGUAUUUAGGUAGCUGUUAAAGUAACUGUUUACAAAAGCCCCAUAAAAAAAUUUAACAGUAUUCGCAAGUAAUUCAAUACCAAAUAAAAACAACUUCAUUAUGUCGGACUACAAUUAUUGAUAACCGCUUAACAUAAUAGGUUACCCUUUAAUAUUCAAUAAGAUCAGUGAAUUACACAUAUCAAUAGGUUACACAAUAAAGGAAGCGUUCAUACGACGAACCAAUUGGUUGAGAGAAAUGUUUUCAGAGAGUUAGGUAUCAUGAAUUCUUGAAGAGGACCAAUGAUAGAAAGAGUAAAAGUAUUAGAUGAUCCUAAACAACAAGCAGUGUUCUAAUUUUGCAUAGUGGUGAGAGUAAUAUAUGUGUACAUCUUUAUUUUCACACGUGUAUAUCUAUGACUACAAUAUUACAAUAAUUGAUUAAUCAAUUCAGUUACCUACAUACAUUUUAAGUAAAUCAUUUUGAAAAUGCUAUGUCAUUAAUUAGUACAGAAAUCAUGUUAUUGUUUUUGCUGUAAAAAAAUUUAACAUGGCCAAUUUAGCAAAAACUUGUAACCUACCCAAUUCUGUUUGUGAGAUUAUGUUGUGGCUUUCAUCCGUUUUGUUUGUCAUAAAGUUAUGUGAAAAGAGCAUAAUAAAUAUUAUUGUAUUUUGACUUAUUUUAGAAAAUAAAGGCG